AUGAUUUUAACCUAGACGUACUAACCUUUUACUGCGUAUUUUCCUAGACGAAAUACUCCGUCUAUGGCAAACACAGCAGCUAGGGCAAAACGAAAACCCAAUUCGGGUGAGGAUGCCAUACGAAGCUCGGAGUUUCUCCAACUCCAAUCGCCUUUUCUACCUCAACAGUCGUAGGUGCUCCGUCGCACGCUGUUCCUCUUCAUCAACGUCAGCCACCACUCAUCCAGCAUAGGUGAAAUUACGUUUUCAGUAUAUACUCAGGGUUCGAUUAUUGUAUAUGUUUUUGUUUAAGGGGGCGGUGGCGAUAGCAUUGGUGCUCUUCACCUUGGGGUUGUUCUUCCAGAUUUCGGGGUAGCACCAGGGAUUCAGUUUGCUAAUAUGCAGACCAACUUGAUUUCCGCCUCGUCACUAUUCUUUUCAUCGCCAUCAGAGUUUACAUUUACGCUGUCCUGUGAGUCCUAUAACAGAUGUUGUUCCUUUGAGUUUGGUGCUUCUUCUUUCUCAAAUUAAGGAGGCUCAGGAAGACUUGGUGUGUGCCAUUAGCUAAAUUUGCCAUAAAGAAACACUUUCAAAUGACAUGUUAUUCAAUAAUAUACUUAUUUACUCCCAUAGACGUCUUUCAAGAUAAGAAAUGGUUGAAUGUUCCUUGGAAGAAGCUUCAGGUUGGGGACAUCCUUAAAGUUAAACAAGAUGAGUUUCUUCGUGUUGACAUAUCGUUUCUAGCCAGCACAAAUCUCGAUGGAAUCUGCUACAUUGAGGUUGUACUUGGGUUGGCCCGGUUUCCUUUUACAUUUCUUUGUUAUGUUAAUUAUUGUUUGUUUUCUUUAUUACGGGGCACUAUUUAUAUGCUUCUAGCUGGUCUGUCAAUGCAGCGAAUGGGCACGCAUGUUUCGAGUGAGAUGUUAUGGUUCUAAUGUUUUUUGGAGAGGUCAUUCUCUUGUUUGUUGCUAAAAAUACUUUUAUGUUGCAGGGUAUUAAUUAUACAGAUAUGGGAUAUGAAUUUCAUUGAUGUAAUCUAUUUGACAUGAAAGAAAGAGAUUCGGAAUUUUGAUAGGCUUGUGUGGCUUGAAGUGAAAAGAUUAUCCAAAUGGAUCUUGAAUUCAAUGAAGCAGUUAUUUGUUGUAGUUAGUGUUUACUUUUCAUGUAAACACAGUAUUGUAGUUUUGAUAUAUUUGAAUCGAGCAUAUGCAAUUACGUAGUACAAUACUUUGAAUAGUGUUUGUAAUUAUAAGAUUUUGAAGUGUUUGUAAUUUUACGAUUUUGAAUGAGGUGUAUGUAAUUUCUACAGGUUUACAUCAAUACAUGUAUGGAAAUAUGGAAGAUAAUUAUAGAGAA